UCAGGCCUUGAGAGAGACAGAGAGAGAAACAGAGCAAAGACAGAGAUGGCUGGAGAUGAGGAAACUGCAAACACACUUGAAGCUACACCAACAUGGGCUGUGGCCACUGUUGUCUUUCUUCUGAUAGUGAUCUCCAUAAUAAUCGAGUAUUUGCUUCAUCUCUUACACAAGUAUUUUCAUAGGUUAAAGAGGAAGUCUCUCAUUCAGGCUCUUGAUAAGAUCAAAUCAGAAUUGAUGCUGUUGGGGUUCAUAUCGUUGCUACUAACUGUGGGCCAAAAGCCAAUUGCAAAUAUAUGCAUCCCAAAGAGCGUUGGUGAAUCUUUUCUUCCUUGCAAGAGCUCCACCUUUGGUCAUGCUGUCGAGGAAACCAAAUGCUCUGACCAGGGAAAAGUUUCUUUGAUGUCGAGGGAAGGUGCAUAUGAGCUGCAAUACUUGAUUUUUGUGCUUGCUAUGUUCCACGUUUCAUCUUGCGUCCUCACCUUUGCUCUUGGUAUGGCCAAGAUGAAGAGAUGGGAGUCUUGGGAGGCAGAAACCAGAACAUUGGAGUAUCAAUUUUCUUACGAUCCAAGGAGGUUUCAGCUCACAUAUCAAACCUCAUUCGGGAAGCGACAUUUGAAGUGUUGGAGUGACAAUCGAUUACUUCGUUGGCCGGCUUCCUUUGUUAGACAAUUUUUUAAUUCUGUCUCCAAAUCGGAUUACUUCACUCUCAGGCAUGGAUUCAUAAUGGCUCAUUUUGCAGAAGGGAGCCAUUUUAACUUUCAAAAAUAUAUAAGAAGGAAUUUGGAAAAGGAUUUUGGUGUGGUUAUGGGGAUAAGCUGGUGGAUUUGGUUGUUCUCAGUAUUUGUCAUAUUCUUCAAUGCACAUGGUUUUUACAAUUAUCUAUGGGUUCCCUUUAUUCCUUUAGUGAUGCUGUUACUGGUUGGAACAAAGCUGCAGGGCAUCAUAACUAAGAUGUGCCUUGACAGCCAUGAUAAAUCUCAUGUUGUUAGAGGAACUUUGCUUGUGAAGCCCAGCAAUCACUUCUUCUGGUUUAACUGGCCUCAGUUGCUUCUCCAUCUUUUGCACUUCAUACUGUUUCAGAAUUCCUUUCAGCUGGCAUUCUUCACAUGGACUUGGUACAAGUUUGGUUUAAGAUCAUGCUUCCACCAUGAAACAGAGGAUAUUGUGAUAAGGCUGGGCAUGGGUGUAAUUGUGCAAAUCCUCUGUGGCUAUGUCACUCUGCCUCUCUAUGCUUUGGUCACACAGAUGGGCACAUCAAUGAGAAAAGCAGUUUUCACUGAAAACGUGGUUAAAGGGCUGAAAAAAUGGAGAGCCAAGGCCAGGAAGAACCUGGCUCUUAGGAACCACCCUCACUCGGCACGACUCUCCUUGGAUGCUUCUCUUGAAACGUCACUGUCAGUAGGCACUUCACCUUCUUUCAGUGGUCAUGAUGCUUCAUUCUCGACUGUGGAUUUUGAUCGUCCGUCUGACGAUGCUGAAUAUGUAGCACUUGAAAUAAGGGAGGCCCAAAAGGCACAAGGAGAAACAAACACUUGAGUUUGAGUUCCAUUUUUGGCCAUGAUGGGGGGUUGCACAGUUAUUAAAGUUGCUCUUCAUCUUGCCUAUAAUGUUCAUAGAUUGACGAGUAUGAUUUGUUUUUAUGAUUUUCUUGAUAUUGUUUAGAGUAUCAUAGGAAGUGAACUUUCAACAGAACAUUAGAACAAAUGUAUUAAAUUUUUGUGAUC